GUUUAAACCUUUCCAACGCCGCAAGACACGCAUGGAGUUGCGCACCGACGCGGUAUUGGCCAGCCUGGAGAUGUCGGAGCCGGUGAAAAAUGACGAGGAUUACGAGAGUUUGCCCGCUCAUGCCUCCCUGGGCACGCACAUGACAGCAGGAGCCGUGGCCGGAAUACUGGAGCACACAGUCAUGUACCCCGUGGAUUCAGUCAAGACACGAAUGCAGAGUUUACAGCCGGACCCGAAGGCUCAGUACCGCAGUGUGUACGGUGCGCUGAAGCGGAUCGUGCGGACGGAGGGUCUCCUUCGACCCUUGAGGGGCCUCAAUAUCACUGUUUUGGGGGCCGGUCCAGCACACGCUCUCUAUUUCGCCUGCUACGAGCGAAUCAAGCGUAGCCUUAGUGACGUCAUUCAAAAUGGAGGCAACAGCCACAUAGCUAACGGUGUGGCAGGGAGUGUCGCUACUGUCCUCCAUGAUGCAGUCAUGAACCCAGCUGAAGUGGUGAAGCAGCGGAUGCAGAUGUACAACUCUCCAUACCGCAGCCUGUACGACUGCGUGCUGAUGGUCAGCCGUAAAGAAGGACUGGCUGCUUUCUACCGCAGCUACAGCACUCAGCUCACCAUGAACAUCCCCUUCCAGGCCGUUCAUUUCAUCACCUAUGAAUUCAUGCAGGAACACUUCAACCCCCAUCGCCAGUACCGGCCCGAAACGCACAUCAUAUCCGGAGCUGCAGCAGGAGCCGUGUCUGCUGCAGUCACCACUCCGCUGGACGUCUGCAAAACGCUGCUGAACACGCAGGAAAACGUGGCUCUGAGCUCCGCACAUGUUAGCGGCCAUCUCUCAGGCAUGGUGAACGCACUCAGGACGGUUUACCGACUAGGAGGCGUACCCGCGUUUUUCAAAGGCAUCCAGGCCAGAGUCAUCUAUCAGAUGCCGUCUACAGCCAUCGCCUGGUCCGUCUAUGAGUUCUUCAAGUACUUUCUGACUCAACACGAGUCGCACGUUCAGGAAGUUUCCCACAAAACCAGCCCUACAUGAGGCUCUAUCCAUUCCAAUUUCAUCUCCAUGAGGAACAUAGAUUGAUUUCUCAUGCAGUCGUCGACACUCCGGUGGCUGUUUGUAUUAAUUUAUUAAAUGAGUUUCAUGUUGUUACAGGAAUGUACGGACGGAUGCACACUACAGAACUCUUCGUAACAGAAUGAUGUCUUGUUUGUAUUCUCAUACGUAUUUAUGAUCGAGCGCGCGUUUAUAUUUAUAUAUGCAAACCCACCAUCUUCUCGACGAUUAAACUGACCCGUGAGGUAGGACGUUUUUAUUUUAAUUGUUGGGUUUUCUGGACGUUUCAUUUCCAGUUUUACUUUUAUCGCUUGAAUUAUUUUUAUUGGAAUCAUUUUGUAAGAUAUUUUUGAAUUGUUGCACAAUAAUGAGAGUUUGUUUUUUUUAUGAUUGCUGUUAUUAUGGAAAAGCUGCCCGGCUAUUAUUAACUAUUUAAAAUCGGACGCAAAUUUCUGCUAAUAAUUUCGAAUGUGUUUUGUAACGAGGGGUUUUAGUUUGUGAAUUUCAAAGUCAGGGAAAGCAGCGUAUAUUUAGUCUGAUUUAUUCUACAGUACAACUUGAUGGACAAGCAUUUUAUUCGGAUUCCGUUAACUGCGAAAUACUCGGACAAAAGUCCAAAGGCUAGUUUACGCACAAUUUGCAUUUUUGCAAAAAUAUUAUUUUACACUUUAAGACACUGGUCUCAAACUCAAUUCCUGGAGUGCCGCAGCUCUGCACAGUUUAGCUCCAACCACCUCCAACCUGCACCUGCUUAGUAGUCUUCAAUAGUCUUGAUUAUUUGGACCAGCUGUGAUUAGGGUUGGAGCAAAACUGUGCUGAGCUGCGGCCCUCCAGGAAUUGAAUUUGAGACCUAUGCUUUAAAAUGAUCUAUUAAUAUUUUAUUUCCAAAGAGACAAAAAUUGGAUACUAAUUUAAACCGAAUUCAUCACACUAAAGCACUAAUGCAAUCUAGAUCAGUGUUUCUCAACCACAAUCACCAGCACUGCGUGUUUUGGGUUCCAUUCAAUUCAUCUUUAUUUCUAUAGGGCUUUUACAAUGUAGGUUGUGUCAAAGCAGCUUAACAUAGAAGUUCUGUGAUUAUUAGCUUCAAAUUAAAACUUUUGUUUUGUUUAUGAUUAAAGUCGUUGCACGUCAGCCGGUUCCCGCCUCUGAAUGAGCGAGUUUGAGCUACUUCCGCAUGAAAACGAAACAUCUGCGAAGAAAUUUGACGCAGAGGAACAUAACCUAUUGCCAGCUAGCGUUUCAGAAGUGUUAACUGUGUCAGUCCAGUUUUCAGAGUUUUUAGUUCAGUUCAGUGUGGAUUAAAUUUCACUGAAAGUCCAAACAUUGAAGUGCAAAUCCAUCAAUGCGCAAGCAAGUGCUGACAAUGGCGAGGAACAGACUUCACCGAUUGACAAAACUGAAGGAUGUCUCCUUUGUCUGUCACACGCAUUACAGCUCUUUCAGUCUCUGCUAAUGAGCUAAUGAUCUGAAUAUGUUGUUUUUGGUUAAAGGGACAUGGAAGAUGUGCAGAUCUAGUGGUCCUCCAUGAACGUGGCUGAGAAACACUGCUCCUAAUAGCUUUAGCGGUAGUAGUUGAAAGUUGAAUGUGUUUUUGUAUGCUGGCUUUUUAAGAUGUCAUCUAUGCAGCGAGUUCCACGGCUUUUGGAGUUUUUCGUUCUUGUAGGAUGAUGACCAGUCAAGAGUGAGCUAAAGCUGCACUCCAAACCCAGUAAGAAAUCUUUCAUUCCCAAUGAACGAAACAUGAGGUUUGACUAACGUGCUCCUCUGGCAAUGUGAGGAUUUUUCUGUGUCUGAGCUGUUUGUGAAUACACAACGGACUCCUCUCUCUUUCAGAAUAGAGCUCGUCUUGUUCUCCAGAAAUAGAUUUUUACUCAGAGUAGAUUUGUCAGUUGUUAUGAACAGAAAGGCUCCGGGAGACAUUGAAAAGAUGUAUGUUUGAGCUUCAACAACUGACAAACACAUGCAGCUUAGACAUAUUAGGGCCAAUUCCUGUAAAUUCCUUAUCUUUUAUUUAAAUGGAUAGUUCGCCCAAAUAUGACGUUUCUGUCAUCGUUCUUUACUCUUGCUGUUCUCAACGUACGUUCAUCUUUGAAAAUACAGAUGUAGAUAGUUCUAGUAUUCUCUCAUCAUUUUUCUUCAUCCGUUGAAAGUUUAAGCAACCAAAAUGUUCGUCAUAAAAAUAAUCUAUACAACUCUGAAUCUAUAAACAAUAAUCUAUAAAGCUUUAUUUAAUAAACACAAUUAAUUUAGGCUUUCAUUCAGAUUCAGAUUAAAAAAUAAUGCAUCAAAUUAAUUUUAAUUUAGGUCGACUGGUAUGAUCCAAGUCGUUUUUUUAUGUUCAAUUCACCUUUAUUUGCAUAGCGCUUUGACAAUGUAGAUCGUGUCAAAGCAGCUUCACACAAAUGGUCAUAGUAAAUUGAAACAGUGUAGUUCCGUUUUUUUAGUGAUUAAGUUCAGUUCAGUUUAGCUCAGUUCAGUGUGAUUUACCAAUCCCAAACCAUGCAAGCUAGUGGCGACAGCGGAGAGGGGAAAAAAACUUCACCGAUUGGCGAAAGUGAAGAAAAAAUAACCUUGAAAUAAACCAGUCUCAGUUUGGCAUGACCAAUUUAAUUUCUCCGCUGGCCAAACGUCUUGUGCAGAGCUGCAGUCUCAGCGGCGGAGCCUGGAAGCUGGCUUUAGCGAAGACUCGUCUGUCCCUGGAGCGUCACAGGAAUCAGUUUCAUGCGCUCCACUCCCCCAUGUGGUGCAUCUGCAUAAAUUAUAAUAAAUUACUAGCAAAAAUGAUUGCAUAAAUAAUUAAAGUGUUUUCUAUGGAGUCUAACAGUAUUUAUGUACAGAAAUUAAACAAUCGAAUGUAAAAUAACAUGAUCGUUGUAUAAAUAAAAAUGCAGAUGUAUAUUAUUAUCAUUAAUCUUAUUGUCAUUAAAUUUCUAAUAAAUCUAAUCCUGCGAUAUGACUAUGGCAGAUACACGCAUUGCGAUAUCGAUGCUCAAACGUUAUAUUAUUCAGCCCUACAUCAAAUAUAAUAAAGGAAACAUCAAUUAUGAUUUGAUCCACAGCUACUCAUUAGUUUCACAUAAACUUGUGAAAUGCAAAAUGAUGGGAGAAUUUCAAAAAUAGUCUCAUCUUAGACUAUAGCUACAUCUUUGAAAGAUUUUCCGUGACGUUCAGUACAAACUAGUGCAUUUUUAAUAGUUUGUUCUUCUUGAAUUCUCAUAGUGAGUCCUGAUAUGUCAUUUUGUAAGUUUGACCAUCUUUUUCGUUCAUAUUAAAUGUCAAAUAUCAGCCUCUCUGCAGGUCCGUGAGGGAUUUGCAAUGUAAUCACGCACAAUAGACCUUAAAAUGUAUAUAGUAUUGUAAGAGUUGUUCGUUUUGAUCAACUCUGUUUGGAAUUUGAUAUGUUUUAUUUGACUUGUAGCUCUCGUUUGAGAUUAAACGUAUGCAGGAUGUCCUGUUAGUAGGGAUGUAACGAGGAACUGCGAAAAAAAAAUCGAUUCAAGUAUGUCACGAUUCAAAUCGGUUGAGAUGCCAAACGAAUCACGAUACAGUUCGAGUAGGAGUAUGAAUGAAUGUUUAAGGGGAGCCGACUCGGUGACUUGCCUGCUUCAUUAUUAUAUGGUAUGCAAAAAACAGUAUGUGAGCUGAGUAGUAUGUCCGAAUUCAUGGUAUUCGAAAAACAGCAGGCGAGAAGCAAAGCUACUUCCGGCGAAAAUCGUAUUGCGCAUUUAAUCUUAUUGCGCGAUCAAUAUUUUAUACAGUUGAAGUUUUUUUCCCCCAAACAAAUUUUUCACAGUAAUUUCUGUAUUUUUUGCUCUAGGGAAAGCCUUAUUUAUUUUUUAUUUUUUUGGCUAAAAUAAAGUUUUUAAUAUAAAAAAAAAUUAAGGUCAAUAUUAUGCCCCCCUGAGCAAAUUUGUUUUCAUUGUCUGUAAAAAAAAA